CCUGAGAAGAAGAGGUUAGCUAGUUUCUGCAGCUCGCUGUUUGCUUUGGAUCAAGAUGCCGGCUGUCUGGCGUCGUCCAGGCGGGUUCUGAUUGGCCGAUGCCUUCAUCAUGAUGCUGAGUUGCAGCGCCCUGGUGGUCGCCCUCCUGGUGUCGCAGACCAGGAGCUUCCUGACCUCAGAGGACGACGGCGUCCCUGAAGAGUGGGUUCUCCUCCACGUGGUUCAGGGCCACAUUGGGGCAGGAAACUACAGCUACCUACGCCUCAACCACGACGGCCGAAUCAUCCUGCACAUGCAGAGCCUCAAGGGGGACGCAGACCUCUACGUGUCGGAUAAAACCCUGCAGCCGACCUACGCCACCUACCAGCUGCAGUCAGCCACCUGCGGCCAGGACGUGGUGGUGGUGCCCGGGGACUUUGUGAGGCCGGUCGGCAUCGGCAUCUACGGCCACCCGUCUCACCAGGAGAGCGAGUUUGAAAUGCGGGUGUUCUACGAUCAGACGGUGUCCCUGAAUCCAUUUGACGAUGGCUUGUACAAGUCGGGGGACGGACACGAGCAAAAGCAUUCGCCCCAAGGUGCAGACGAGAAAGAGGCCUCGAUCGUGUGGACAAUUCUGAUUGGACUUUUGAAGAUUAUACUUGAGAUUUUGUUUUAAAAAACGGGGAGAUUCCCUGCUGCUGUGACAGGGGGAAGAGACUCGGUUCUUGGUUCACUCGGCCUAGAUAAAUUAAAGAUUUAUUUUUGAGAAAAUGUCCCACAAAACCUCAGUUAGAAUUCAGGCAUUUUAAACUGGAAAAAACCCACUUGAUCAAAAGAGAGGUAAAUGAGCUCAAACAUCCACCAAGACCCAACUGUCUCUAAAAUCCAAUCAAGCUGCACCAAAUCACACUCUCAUAGAUAUCAGUCCUGUGAUUGGGCCUGAUUCAUGAAUUAUUCUGCGUGAAAAGUAUGAAAAUGAUAAGAAAUUUCUUCUCUCACAUUGUUUAAGAAGCGAGAACAAAAGUCCUGGAUCCACACAAGUCCCUUCGCAAACAGACCGGGGUGGAAACAUAACCUCCUCGGUGGAGAUGGUCAGUUUUUAAAUCAGAAGCUGGAUCACUUGAUUUUACCAGUGAACAACCAAUCAGAAAACGUCUGUAUGUUUGAUGUUAAGUGAUUAAACAUGAGCAGAGUUCUCAUUCGACUCGAGAGUGAAGUGAGUUAAGUUCAUAUUUAACUUUUAAGAACGCUGGAUGUCCACAAAACUAGCAUUUAUGCAAUUAAGCUGGUCAGACCACAUCCAGACGUUGAAUUAGAACAUUAAAUACCUCUAUUACAUUCUAGUGAUCAGGUGAACUGGGGUCAACUCACUGAAAAAAGGUGAUUGGAUCAAGAAGAGGAUUUAAGAUGGUUUGACCUUUUUUUUAUUUGGAAAAUCGUUUUCCGAAUCACUUCUGUGUUUUAUUUUCGGUGCAAACUGUUUCUCAGAUUGUCAUGUUUCCUUGCUGAGCUGUCGGAGGAGUGAACUCCAUCCUGACGCCUCAGCCUCUCUCACAGCACGUCCCCAAGCAGGGAGACGACUGCAGCUACGUUCACACCUGGUGUCAACAUCUGUCCUGAGGGAUCCUGUCACAAGUGUCCAAGUUCAGAUCGCCCGCUGUGCAUUUUACUUUUCAGAACCACCUGGUUCCUGAGUUGUGAAGCUGUUUGUGUGUUUGAAAUCCCAAAUGUGGAGAAAGGAAAAAGACGUACACUGUAAAUAACGUGUUGCAUUUGUGUUCUGAGCUUUUACACAACACGUUGACUCCCCUGAACACUAUUUAUAUACCAGAGCAGAGAGAGAGGUUCAGAUGCGACUCGCAGAAAUGAAAAGUUCAACAUGAUGUUCAUUGGUUUGUAAGCGAUGACAUCACCAAGUUGUGUAUCAAGCUUUAUAGGUUGUUGUUCUGAGACGAGAUGGCGAACAAAUUCUUUUCCGAUUCCGACACCACGUGGACGCACAAUCUGAGGUGUUCUGUGCUGCGUGUGCUCCCUUUCAUUUGAUUGUGUGAACAGACACACACCAAAGGACUCAGCUACAGCUACACACACUGGAAGAAUAGAAUUAUCUCAGGAAUAAAGCGAUGACGGAUGCAUUUUACCAUCAGGCGUGAUCAGAUGAACUUACAGCUGUGCACUUGUGAGCAGAUCCCUCAGGAGGACAGGUGUGAGACCCGGUGUGAGACCCGGUGUGAGACCCGGUGUGAGACCCGGUGUGAGACCCGGUGUGAGACCCGGUGUGAUCGGACCCUUGAACAGGAACCUGUCCGUCAGCUCAUCUUUAAAACUAAUUUAGCACCAGGCAGAGAUGACAGUGUGUGUCUCGCCUGUGAAUGAAAACCACUUGUCUUAACUCUGCAUAUCACACAGGAGACUUAGCAAUACCCUCAUGGUCAGCCCUUUGUCCUGGAGGUUCCUUCAGGAUACCCGUGCUGCUCUGGUUUCAUGUACUUGCUGAAUUUCGACUCCAGACAGGAAGCUCUGGUCCACGGCGACGUUUCAUUUGGUUUUGAUGGUUCACUUUGUUUCACCUGUUGGACGAGCUCCUGAGUUUAACACCCCCCUCCUCCAGCUUCAGAGGAGCUCAGCUACCGUUCACCACUGAGCAGAAAUGUUCACCAGUGCCUUCAGACCCUUCCUGUGCCGGGAGGAGCAGCCAAACAGUUUCCCUGUUUCCAGAGACGAUUCUGUCUGGUUUACAAAAUAAAACUCUUGUCAUACAGACUGUUAAAACC